AUGUUUACCUCAUCGGGAGAACUUUUAUAUUCAGUUAAGGUGAGUGAACCUACAAGGAAGGACUCUACAGGUGUGUAUAGGAAUUUAAUGUACAAAGAGAAAUUAAUUGAUAAUUUUGAAGAUGAUCCUUUAAAUAAUAUAUGGGAAAUGUUCGAUCGAGUAUCUAAGAAAUAUAAAAAUCGAGAUUGUUUAGGUACACGUGUUAAAGUGGACAACAAAUUUGGAGCAUACAAAUGGAAAUCUUUUACAGAAGUAAGAGAGUUAGCCAUUCAGGUUGGAUCAGGAUUAGUGAAUACUAAUGCGUGUCCAUUAAUCAGGUGUGAUGACACAAAAGUAACAAAAGCAAGAUUUUUAGGUUUUUAUAUGCCAAAUUGUGAAGAAUGGAAUAUAUGUGAUUUAAGUUGUAGUGCAUUUAAUAUAGUAACAGUACCUUUAUAUGAUUCGUUAGGGAUUGAAUCGAGUAAAUUUAUUUUGGAUCAGACAUUAAUGCAAACAAUUAUUUGUAAUAAAUCAUGUGCUUUGAAUCUCUUUAAAUCUCUAGAUACAUGUGAAAAAAUUCAUUUAAAAAAAUUAAUUUUAGUAGAAAUUGAAACUGAUGUAGAAAUUAAAAAGUCUUGUGAAAAAUAUCAGAUAGAAAUUAUUUUAUGGAAAGAUUUGAUAAUAGCUGGGAAAAAAAAAAUACAAGAACCCAAACCAGGUAAUUUAAAAGAUAUUGCAUGUAUAUGUUAUACAUCUGGGACUACAGGAUAUCCAAAAGGAGUUAUAAUGACAAACGGAAAUUUUAUAGCUCAGUUAGCUUCAUCAGUAAUAGGACCAUCAAGAUUACCCAUCUUGGAUAUAAACGAAAAUGAUACGCACAUUUCUUACCUACCGUUAGCGCAUAUAUAUGAAAGAAUGAUGAUGCUUGUUUUUUGUUCACAGGGAGUAAGAACAGGUUAUUAUUCAGGAAAUAUACAAAUAUUAGUAGAAGAUAUUCAAGAGUUAAAACCAACAUUAUUUAUUAGUGUACCAAGAUUAUAUAAUAGAAUACAUGAACGAAUUUUUAAUUCGUUAAAAAAAAAAUCUUCAGUAGUUCAAUCUUUAUUUAAUAAAGGUUUAGAACAAAAAAUAAAAAAAUUAGAUAACAAUGGUAUCCCUUUCCAUUUUUUUUGGGAUAAAUUAAUUUUCAAUAAAGCUAAAAAAAUCUUAGGAGGAAAUAUUAGGGCUAUGUUAAAUGGAUCUGCUCCUAUAAGUCCAGAUGUAGUAAAAAAACUGAAAUCAGUUUUCUGUGCACCCUUAUUUGAAGGAUAUGGUAUGACCGAAACACUUGGCCCAGCAUUUAUUUCUCAUAGUACAGAUAUAAAUAUAGGUCAUAUAGGAGGGCCUGUUCCAUGUGUUGAAUAUAGAGUUGUAUCUGUUCCAGAAAUGAAUUAUUUAGUUACUGAUAAUCCACCUAGAGGUGAAUUACACUUAAGAGGUCCUGCCAUAGCAAAUUUGGGAUAUUUCAAAUUAGAAAAAGAAACAAAUGAAUUUAUUGAUAAGGAUGGGUGGAUAAGUACAGGAGACAUUGUAUCAUUUAGUGUAAAUGGAUCAAUUACAAUCAUUGACAGAAAAAAAAAUAUAUUUAAAUUGUCUCAAGGGGAAUAUAUUGCAGUGGAAAAAAUAGAAUCUGUAUAUAAACAGUCUUUAUUUAUUAGCCAAAUAUUCGUUUUCGGAUACUCGUACGAAUCAGUUCUUGUAUGCAUUAUUUGUCCAUCUAUGGAUACAAUAGAAAUAUGGAAAAAUGAGAAAAAAAUCACAAAAACGGAUGAAGAGAUUAUGCAAUUACCUGAAUAUAAGAAAGAUGUUAUUGAUGAUUUAAUUAAAAUGGGAAAGAAGGAUGGACUGAAGGGAUAUGAACAAAUUAAAGAUGCUUAUUUCACCACGGAACCCUUCACCAUAGAAAACGAUUUGCUUACACCUACUGGUAAAAUUAAAAGGCACGCCGUUCAGAAGAAGUAUAAGGAGCAAAUUGACAAAAUGUACAAGGACAUGAAAAAGGCUUAG